AUGUCCCUCGCCUCGCUCAUCCCAGAUACUCAGGUUGAACCAGCUCUCCUUCCUGCGCUGCUGCCCUGGAGCGUGCGCUACAACUUCCUCUACCCCUACUGCGACCUCUUCUCCCACAUCGUACCGACUCAACCUGGCCCGCCGCGUUGGAACGCCGAACUCGAGGCGUUCUACCAGACGUUCGACGGUGGGAUCUGGUUUCCGUUAGGAAGAGAUCACGACGAGGAUCUGGAUGCUAUCGAGAAUCUGAGGGACAGAAUCGGCAGGCUGAGGCGCGCGAAGCGGCUUGCGGAUGCCAACGGCGGCGCUUCUCUCGCCGAUCUCGAAGGUGCGAUUGAGACGAUACGGUCGCGCAUCCACGUCAGGCGGAGCAAGCUUCUGGGCUUGCACGAGGUUCGCGAUGUCUUCCUCCAUGACUUGCAAGAACGGUAUCCGUGCCGCACAGAAGUUCAUCUUCUCAAGACUCAACCCGCUAUGUCCUUCUCGCCGCCAUUUGCCGCACCGCACUCUCUCUGGCCAAUCCCCUUGAAGCGUCCGAGCUACUAUCGAGCCGACCACAAAGCCCGCUUGAUCUGCUUGACCACCGACGGCGUCAACUGGACGAAGUACGCCUUGCCGGACCGCCCGACACCCGACUCGGAAGCGGCUAGGCGGCGAUUCGAGCCGACCGUAACGAAGAUGCUGGGAGACGCGGAGGAGUCGGUUGAAUCGGGAUGGGCGGAGGCAACGAUGGACGACACGAGGGUUCCCCUGCGCCCACACUCGAACGGAGCGCGCUCGUCGGGCUUCAUUCCAGCAUUUACCAGCCUGCUCCAUCGCCGGCACCCUCAAGUAGCCUAA